CGAAUUUCCUUGGGAAUGGACGCGCCUGGUAGGGGUAGCGCGGGAUUCAGGGUCGAAAUUGCACGGUGGUUGAAAAGCAUCGGACACCAGUCGAGGACAGGCGGUCUCGCGUUUAACUGGUCCAUCAAUUCCAUGUCGCCUCUGGUCCUGUUCUUUCAUUACGGAGUUCUGGCCAUCAUUUUCGGGAACGGUUUCGGGGAUGAACACGAAUACAGACUGACGAAGUAUCUGCUCGAUGGAUACGACGCCGGUGUACGGCCGGCUAAAAAUUCCUCCCAACCGUUGGCGGUCGUCUUUGGUCUCUCCCUUCACCAUAUAAUCGACGUGGACGAGAAGAACCAGAUACUGACGACCAACUGUUGGGUGACGCAAGUCUGGACGGACCAUCAUCUGAAAUGGAACGCGUCGGAAUUCGCAGGAAUCACAGUGAUCCGUGUUCCUUACAACCGCGUCUGGAGGCCAGACACGAUCUUAUACAACAACGCAGAUCCACAGUACAGUUCGGCAGUCAUCAAUACGAACGUGAUUGUCAGUCACACGGGGAAGGUGGUCUGGUUGAGCCACGGGAUUUUUCGCAGCAGCUGCGACAUCGACGUAGAAUUCUUCCCCUUCGACGAGCAACGCUGCGUCCUGAAAUGGGCCUCCUGGACGUACGAUGGAUAUCAGUUGGAGCUAGAGUGGCAGAGCGAGCAAGGAGACGUGAGCAAUUAUCAGGCGAACGGUGAGUUCGAUCUCGUCGAUUUCUCCGCCAGAAGAAACGUUGAGUAUUACUCCUGCUGCCCGGAACCUUACCCGGACAUCACGUACGAAAUACGAUUGCGACGACGUCCGAUGUUCUACGUAUUCAACCUCAUCCUUCCGUGUAUACUGAUCAACGGUGUCGCUCUGUUGGUAUUCUACGUGCCGUCAGAAUCAGGGGAGAAGGUGACCCUCGGGAUUUCGGCGUUACUCUCCAUGACGGUGUUCCUAAUGACUAUUCGCGAGACACUGCCGCCCACCGAGAAGACACCGUUGAUAAGUCUGUAUUACGGAGUCAGCAUAUGUCUCGUAUCGUUCGCUUCGGGAUUGGCGGUGGUCACUUUAAAUCUUCACCAUCGCGGCGUGCGAGGAACCCGAGUGCCUGGGAUCGUGCGAUCCCUGGUCCUGGACAAACUCGCCAGGAUAGUGUUCCUCAAUUUUCAGGAGGAGAAAAGACCAGAACCAGUCGAUCCGCCCAGGAGGAAAAACAAUUGUCCGUUGCACUGCAAACCGGAACUGGCCCAAUCGUCCUCGCCGAAGUUCGUGGCCAGGAGAGAUGAGAGCAACGGCAGCAGUCCCAGUUUAGAUCUCGGGAAAGAAGGUGGCCUUGAAGCUCAAUGGUCGCGCGUGCUGGGCAGAGUGCACGCGACGAUCGAAAGGAACGAGCGACGGCUCGCGGAGCAGGAUCGUCGCGAGAGGAUGGAGCUGGAUUGGAAACAGGUCGCGUUGGUCAGCGAUCGCGCGUUGCUAUGCGUUUUUUUCCUGACGACGAUCGUCAGUACCACCGUCAUCCUCUGCGGUUCCCCGCCGACCACGAACAUUGCCAAAGAGGGUUGAAACCCCGACAGAUCGAGUUAACUCGAGUAACUUCGGAUAAGAUCGAUGGAUUUAGGUAUUAAGCUCUUAUAAUUCUAAGCGAUUUAGAGGUAAGACGUGUGAAAAUAAAUUCUUCUCCUGUUUUA